AGCAAUAAUUUUGGGCGAGACUAAUACUGAUAUGCUACUACGCCUUCAGUUACGUCGCUACGGCAUCCGGUUGGCGAUAGCGUAAAUUAUCCGAGAUUCAAGAAAAGGUAACGUAACUGGGAAAGAUCAGUCUUGUUACCAUAAAACGCAACUAACGAAAGGACGCUUAACGAGCGCAAGUUUGGCCACAGUAUAUACAGUUUUUAUCAGCUAUGACGUCUGACCAUUUCGACCGUCAUGUUGUGUCACCAACGCAAUUAUUAACUUUCAUUUUACCUAUCUACAUGUUUGGCUCAUGCGUUGGCUUUCGCGUAUACCCGAGGCUUUUGGAGAGGAGGAGUGCAGAUGAUCGCCUCAUCCUUCACGUUCAUUCGGGCUUAACUAUAACGCUCGAGAAAAGUUCUAUAUUGGCAAAAAAACUUUAUUUAGAAUCUUCAUCCUUCGAUGAUUCUCACACAACCGCUUUAGAUGGAGAAGACCUUGAAAAGAGCCUGUACCACAACAGCGAGCACAUGUCGUCUCUCCACGUCCAGAGGGUCGGAAGUGGCGUAGAAGUGCGAGGAAUUCUCAAUCAUCAGUUGAGGAUUGCUCCGGCUGUUGUGGUCGAUCAUAGCAACGCACAAGGAAUUCCACAUCGGAUAUUCGAUGUUCAAGAAAGAUCAACCUCAUCAUCGGCAAAAGGUAGCGUUGAAGACACUCCUGACGUUAAUAUCUCACACACUACCACGGCAUCUAACGACAUGUAAAAAAGGCGUUUGUGGAAAUCACAACUGGACACAGAUACGGCGGAUGUAUGGCAACUUUACGAACAUUUGAGAAAUUAUAAUGGUUCUAUAGAAAUCUAUUUCGCCUGCCGAAAUCACUAUAUAUUUAUUCCUUGCACAUUAGACCUAGCGUUCUCUCUAUAUAUUAUAUGAUCAGUUCAAUACAUUCCUGAAGACUCUGUUCCACGGUUACUAUCAGCAGAUGAAAUAAAGGAUACUUCCGUUUUUUGUUUAGUUCAAAA